AUGUCCCAGCAGAACCUGAAGCUCCGAGCAACGCUCCACGAUGAGGGAAAGAGCUGGGAGCGGAUGGGCACAACCCUCCUCAAUUCUACGGUCUGGGAGUUUGGCACAUCUGUGGGGAUGCGCGACUUGGCUGCUCUUCAUGGCUACGUGUUCUCUCACGCCGGGAAGACGUGGCGGAGCCACCAGCACACUGCUCUGACUCUGAGCGCAGCUGGUGUCCACGAUGGUGACUUGGUGGAGUUUGCGGGUGACUUUGAGCCGGUGACAGGCGACGAGCCUCAGCCACUCGACUCCGUUAGCGACGGCGAAGCCGGGAGAAGCCGGGCCAGCACUGCUAACGGCAGCAGAGAUGGCGGGGGCAAGGAUUCCCCGAAGGAGGGCACGCGGCCCGGCUCGAGGGGUGUGGGAACGCCCGGGAGCACGCAAAAAGACGCCAGCGUCAAGGAUUCCCCGAAGGAGGGUGCGAGGGCUGUGAGAACGCCAGAGGGCUCGAGGGGUGUGAGGACGCCCGACGGCACCAAAAAAGAAACAAGCGCAACAAGCGAGAGCAAAAUAACAGGUGACACUGACGUUCCUUCAGCCCCCACUGCACCCUCCGCAGCUCCAAAAGCCCAGAUUCGGGUCACGCUGAUCGAUCACAAGAAGCGACAGCGCGAAUGCGUCGGCAGGGCUUCACUGGAAACCUGCGUCUGGGACUUCGGUGUAUCUGUGGGUAUGGACCAUUUGGCGACAUUGCAUGGAUACCUGUUUACGUAUGCCGGGCAGACUUGGCUCAGCAAUGGGCCCAAUCAGCACCAGUCUCUGACUUUGGCCGCAGCAGGCGUCCAGGAUGGUGAGACGGUGACCUUUGCCGGUGACUUCGAGUCCGUCGUCUAUUUGAAUGUUACCCUGGCAGACAAAGUGAGCCGCCAGAGAUUUGGAAAAGCUUCCGCCCUGACUUCCGUGUGGCUCUUCGGGGAGCUCUUGGGCCUGCGGACACUGGAGGCCCAGAUCCUUCCAGGAUGUGGCUACACCUUCCGGAAAGACGGAGGUCCCACCUGGAGGAGCAAGCAGUAUCCCAACCUCACGCUUGCUGCGACCGCCGUUAAGAGCGGAGACUGGGUUGAGUUUGCGGUCGAGGUCCCACCGGAGCCCAAAGAAGAGUGA